AUGUCCCAACGGAAUCAUGGUAGCACUUGUCUAUGUGCGACUCAUGACAAAAGGCAGAGAUACUGUUUCUUGAUCAACACUGUACUUGCAAUUCUGUAUACUGUUGCCAGCACUUUCCAACCGCUGCCUCAAGACAUUUAUCGCUAUGAUUUGAAGGACCCUUUUAGUCUACAGAAGGGGUGGCUUUUGUGGGCAGAGAUUGGUCUUGCUGGUGCAAUAGUUGCCAUCGCAGUGACAGGGGCUACCGCGUCCUUGUUCAAGGGGGAGAGCCUAGAGAGAGAGGAGGACGCUCUAGUUAGCUUGUUUCCACUGAUUGCAUCUUCAAGUGUCAGGCACUUUACCAGCACUGCUUGCUUGUUGGGUGUCACUGGAGUUUUGGCUCCGAUUCUUGAGGAAACUGUAUUUCAGAGUUUUUUUUAUGUUCUCCAUGACUCAGUGGGUACCUACUCCAGUUGCUAUUGGAAUAAGUGCAGUUGUAUUUGCACUUGCACAUCUCACUCCGGGAGAGUUUCCCAGUUGUUUGUGCUAGAUAACAUGUUUACUUAA